AUGGGAUUGUUCGACCUGGGUGUUGGACAAAUGUACGGAAGUGAUGAACCAUUGGAAAAUUAUGCUUAUGAUUAUAUUGAAACACAAAUUUUGAAGUCAAUUCAUUUGCCCAACUACGAUUCACCUCCAGAUAACAAAUGGUCUCAAAUAUCGUCGUCUACAUUUCGUUCAUCAACAAUGGAAAUUAUCGAGCGCAAUUUAAAUAUUUAUCCUAAUAGGUACAAUUUCAAACGGCGAACAAGUGAUAAUCUAAAUGUAUUUGAUUUGUUAUCUUCGAGUCAAACAGAAAAUGAUCGAAAUCUUCGCUUUUAUCAUGGUACAGAUAUGGUAUCUGUUGAAACUAUUUGUCGGUAUGGUAUUAAUUUACAUACAUCACAUCGUCUUGGAUCCGAUUUUGGUCCUGGUUUUUACGUGACGGACAGCUUUGAUGAUGCUCUAUACUUUGCAGCCAGUAAAGGUACACGUAAUAAAACACAUGGUGGUGUUAUAUGCUUCCAACUACGUGAAACAGAAUUUCAUGUAUUUAAUAUUCAAGAAUUAAGUGAAACAAUUGACUCUAUGAAUCCUCUCAAAUGGAGUAAUUUCGUCAAAUUAUGCCGCCGUCGCUUCAUUGAAUAUCCACAUGUAUUUCGACGUGAUGCAUUUCAUGGUGCCAUUUGUAAUAACGCAGAAAAAGUUCGUCAAUUAGAAAAUGAACAACCACAGGCAAAAACCAUUGCAAAUAGGACACCAACUCAAUUGUGUAUUAAAAGUACCAACAUGGCGUCUAAAUUUGAAUAUUCAAUCUUGGGAAUAUAUAUGAUUGGUGUAUCAACAACAUGA